AUGGAGACUGACGCACCGAGUGAUGGUGACGUGCUGCUGGAGUUCCGUGCUGGGAGGAUGACUGUCAGCGGCAGCACUGUGAAACCCGACCCUCGCAAGGGCCUGUUCCGGCUGAUCAGGACGGAGGACCUGCUGCUCCACCUGCAGUGGCUGGAUCGCACCACCCAAGCCGUAGAGGAGGACAUGGUGGUGUUCCCAGAUGAAGCUAAAUUCGAAAAGGUCUCCCAGUCCAGUGGGCGAGUGUUCGUGCUCUCCUUCAAUGAGGACGACCGCAAGCUCUUCUUCUGGAUGCAGGAGCCCAAGGCACACAACGACGAGCAUCACUGCUCCGAAGUUAACCGGAUACUGAACGAAGCUUGGCUACUGGAGGAGGACGACCGGGUGCUGGACGCAGCCAUGAUGGACUCUGAAGCCGAUGCUUUCGCGGAGAAUGAGGAGGGUCAUCUGGGGGAGGCGGAUAUGCAUGACGAUGGGGACAGCCACCAGGUGCUUGCGCCUGCAGCAGCACAGCAGCCCAGACCAGCCGGCAGCGGUGGCGCCGUGCCAGCAGGCCCGCAAGGGUCGUCCGGUUUUGGCGACCUGAGAGGCAGUGCUGCUGCAACUGGUGCUGCUGGCGCUGCUGGCGUUGAUGCUUCUCGUGGUGCUGCCGCUGCUCUUGGUGCUCCUGGUGUUGCUCCUGCUGCUGCUGGUGGUGGUGGGAGAGUAGCAGGGCCGGUGCAGUUGGCGCAGCUGCAGAGCAUUCUGGCUGGUCUGGGUCAAAUACAAGUGCCGCAACACUUGAGAGCAAGGAGCAUGAAGCUAACGGACAUUCUCAAGCCUGAAGUCAUGAUGAGCACCCUCAACGAUGGCACUGUGCAGCAGAGACUGGCUCAGUUCCUCCCGCCUGAGCUGAGGAAACCAGAAGACAUGCGGCAGCUCGUGCUGAGCCCGCAGUUUCAGCAGCAGCUGGACGCAUUUUCCGAGGUGUUGCUUGCAGGAAAGAUCGACCUCUCGCAGUUUGGCAUUGAUGUAAACAAGUCCCUCUCCCUUGGAAACGGUAUUCCCAAGGGGAUUCGACCACGAUGGAAGUUCAUUGGCGGGAACCAGACUCAACUAGGGGACACGUGGCAGCUGAUGGAGACACGGCGGCAUGGGUGGGCUCGCGAGGGGGAGAGCGAGGGCGGGGGUGUGACUGCAGCGAGGGACGGGCGAUACAAGUUCAACCUGAACGAGUACAUGGUGACUAUAGAGAAGCCGCUGGGGAUCUGGUUCUCCCAGACGGAUAGCGGAGCAGUUUAUGUCGAAGCACUGCAGGAGAAGGUACGUAUAGGGAAAGGGAAUAACCACGCUGGGGAUAAUGUUUUGGCAGGAAGUGCAGGGCAAACAAGUGCAAUCGAGGAGGGUAAGGGUCCGUGCACGUUCGUGUUAGAGAGAGCCCUUCACGCCCCCACCACCCAACGCAUUAUUCUCUCGCACCCUCUCCGCUCCGACAAUCCCGGCCGCUCAGCAGCUGCCACGUGGCACCACCCGUCCAGCUGGCCGCGCUACAGUGCCAGCAGUGCCAUGUCAGCACGGACACUGUUCAUGAGGGGGGGAGCUGGGCGGGUGGGACUUGUGUCGUUUUCUGAGUUAAGGCCACAUGGGGAGAAGAGGAGAGAGAGGAGGGAGUGGGGUGGGGGACAGGGAAGGGGGGAGGGUAGGGUGGAGGAAGGGACGAGGGAGGGGAGUGAGGGGAGGACGGGAGAGGAGGGAAAGGGUGGAUCGGGGCAAAGUCAAGAGCAAGAAUAUGGCAUUAGUGAUGGUGGUGGUGGCACUGAUGUUGAGAGCGAGGAGAGGGGUGAAUUAAAGGAGAAGGGAGAAGUGAGAAGAGAGGUGAGGGGUGGUGGACAGAGGGAGAAAGUGGGUGAAACAGUGGGGAUGGUGGUAGCAGCAAGAGGAGAGGGAGAGCUGGGGAAUGAGACAGCUUUAGGUGUGAACGAGUCUGAAGUGAUCCAGCAUGUUAGAGAGGCAGAGGUAAGGGUAGCGAGGGAAGGGGAGGGGUGUCAGGAGGAUGGGGGGAAGGUGGGGGAUGGGGGGCAGGUGGAUAGUGGGGGGGAGGUGGAGGGUGGAGGUGAGGUGGAGGGUGGAGGGGAGGUGGAGGGUGGAGGGGAGGUGGAGGGUGGGGGAAAGUUGGAAGACCGGGGGAAGGUGGAGGGGGUGGGCGUUCCAGAAGGAAGGGGAAAGAUGAAUGAGGCGUUGGAUGAAAAGGAGAAGAAGAGUGUACACGGGGAAGUGAGCAUGGGAGAUGGAGAAGGGGAGAAAAGGGUGGAUGUGGGGAUGGGAGAGGAAGAAGGUUUGAAGGGUGGGGAGGCACAGAAGGCGGGGGGGAGGGGUGUGAGGGCGAUACUAGGAGGCACUUUAUGGGGUAAGAAAAGGAAGACAGGGAGGGCGAAAGGAGAGGGAGGAGAGGGGAAGGAACGGGUGGAGCAAGCACAGGCGGAGCCAGAGUGGGUCCUAUUUCCAUUCUUUGAGGGGAAGCUUGUGUCUGGCUCGGACUCAGGUCCGGAUUCCGGAGCUGACGAGAGGUCUGGUGAGCAGAACACGACAGGUUCGGGUCACGGUUCGGAAAGUCGAGUGGCUGAAGGCCAAGCCUCUGAAAGCCAAGCCUCUGAAACUCAGGGUCUGACCGAAAUUGAGGAAAUGGUUUCGGGGGGAGAGGGUCUGGUAGAAGAGGGGGGGGCUGGCAGGGAAGCGAGCUUAAAGGGUGGGGCUGGGGCAGGUGGAGCUGGGGAAGGUGUGAGCUCAGUUACAGGGGAUGCGGCUCAAGAAGCUAGUCAAGAGAAGAUGGAGCAGAGGGAUAAGGAUCUGCAGAGAAAGGGGGUUACUGAAGGGAGGGGAGGAGAGGAGGAAGAGAGGAGAGGAGAGGAUGAGGAGGAGGAUGGGGCGGAGUGGGCGCAAGCAGCAGAGGCAGCAGCCGCUCUUGCAGCGGCAAUGAGAGGGUCGAAGGGAGAGGAGGGCAGAGAAGGCGACGAGGAGGGUAUGGGAGUGAGGGGCGAUAGGGGCGAAAGGGAGGGAGGCGAGGUGGGGGAGGGUGAGAGGGAAGAGUGGUUUGAGGAGGGGAGGCAGCAGGGGAGGAAGGAUGCGGAUUGGCAGUGGCCAGAGCGCGGUUUCUGGGAUGCUUCCUCUGGGAAGGACGGGGGAGUGGAGGGGGAGGGGAAGUGGUGGGGGCUUGGGGUGGGGCGGGUGGAUGAAUUUGUGGAGGCGUAUACAAGAGGCGUGGGUGAUUCGAGAUUCGAGCCGCUUCACUCGCCAACUCACACACAGGUGAGGGAGAAUGGUGUGUGUGGUGUGUGUGGUGCGUGUGGUGUGCAUGGUGCGUGUGGUGUGUGGUGUAUGUAUGGUGCGUGUGGUGUGUGGUGUAUGUAUGGUGCGUGUGGUGUGUGGUGUAUCAUUUGGCCUUCGGAGCAGCAUUUGGCCUUCGGAGCAGCAUUUGGCCUUCGGAGCAGCAUUUGGCCUUCGGAGCAGCAUUUGGCCUUCGGAGCAGCAUUUGGCCUUCGGAGCAGCAUUUGGCCUUCGGAGCAGCGUUUGGCCUUCGGAGCAGCGUUUGGCCUUCGGAGCAGCGUUUGGCCUUCGGAGCAGCGUUUGGCCUUCGGAGCAGCGUUUGGCCUUCGGAGCAGCGUUUGGCCUUCGGAGCAGCGUUUGGCCUUCGGAGCAGCGUUUGGCCUUCGGAGCAGCGUUUGGCCUUUGGAGCAGCAAUCCUGUGCCCAGAAGACAUUGAACCCUAUGCCUCUAGCUAGCUCCAUCGCCUUCCUUUCUUCUCCCCUCUGUUUAACCUUCAUACCAAUCAAUUUGUCUUUCCGUGACUUCACCUUGCCAGGUAUCAGAGCAUCUGUCGUUCGGAGCGGCACUCCUGUGCCCGGAAGACAUCACCUCCCGCCCAGCCUCAAACUCCCUUCACUCAUCUCACGUCGCUCUCCCCUUCUGCUGUGUCUGCCACUCACCAACCUCGCCUCCCACAGGUAUCAGAGCAUCUGUCGUUCGGAGCAGCACUGCUGUGCCCAGAAGACAUCACCUCCGCGCACCAAAGGCUGGUCCGUCCUCCCCUCUCUUUUCCCCACUCUUUUCCCCACUCUUUUCCCCACUCUUUUCCCCACUCUUUUCCCCACUCUUUUCCCCUCUCGCUCUAUACACCCUUUCCCACUCUUUCUAUGCGCCCCUCACCUCGCCCGUCUCUCAUUUUGCCCGUCUCCCUCAUUCACUACCCUAUCCUCCCCUGUGAUAUGCUGCUCCUUCCUUCCUCUUCCAUUGGGCCCACUUGCUUCUGCACGAGAAGCUACGACAGCAGUGUUGGACCUGCAGCGAGCCACAGAGAAGCUCAACUGGGCGGUGGACGUGGAUGGCACAUAUAGCCUCGUCCUCCCCUCACAUGGUCUUCAUGACCCCUCCCUCCCUUUCUCCCUCCACCAUCCCACAUCAGGGCACGACAGCAGUGGCACGACAGCAGUGUUGGACCUGCAGCGAGCCACAGAGAAGCUCAACUGGGCGGUGGACGUGGAUGGCAUGAACCGGGCGGCAAGAGACGCUGGGGUGAUGGUGGUGCACCACCCAAUCAGGCACCACGACGGGCAUGACUUGAGGCGGAAGCUCCCAGUGGCAGUGGGGAUUCUGCACCGCCUGCUGCGCCGGGGCCUGCAUGUGCUGGUGACGGACACAGAUGGGGUGGACAGGGCGCCAGCAGUGGUGUGUGCGUAUCUGCACUGGGUGCUCGCCAUCCCCUUGCCCCAGGCUCUUCACUUCGUGUGUGACGUCCGCCCCUGCCAGCCCAACCGUGCGGUUCUGGGAGUUAAGCUGUGGUGGCUGCAUGUGUUGGUGACGGACACAAAUGGGGUGGACAGGGCGCCCGCAGUGGGGUGUGCGUAUCUGCACUGGUGUUGGCUGCAUUUGCUGGUGGCAGACAGCCCAUCCCAUUCGCCCACCGAUCCUCCCACCCAUCCUCCCACCCAUCCUCCCACCCAUUCUCAGGGCGGCACUGACAGCAGCGACAUGGGAUGGGAUCUGGUGGCCACGACUUCUCCUUGCCCUCUUCCCUCUCCCUACUCAACCCCUCCCGUCCCUCCCAUUCCAUCGUCCCACCCAUCCUCCCACACGUCCCUUCCAUCUUAUCUUAAUUUCAGGGCGGCACUGGCAGCAGCAACAUGGGAUUUGGUGGCCAUGCUGCGGCGUGGGGGCGGCACUGGCAGCAGCAACAUGGGAUUUGGUGGCCAUGCUGCGGCGUGGGGUGAGGCACACAGGGCCUGCCACUCAUUCGGUGCAGAUCGCAUGGAACCAUGGGGGGCGCGAGGUGCUUCUGGUGGGGGAGCUCUCGGGCGGGUGGAAAAACCCAGUGGCGGCCACUCCAGUUGGGGGUUCCAAGUUUGUUCUCGCGCUCAGGCUGCCCCUCGGAUCGUGAGUCUCUGCUUCUCUCUCUCCUCUUCCGCCACGCCUGUGUGGUGCCGAAAGGUCUGCCUUUUACCAGUCAGUCACCUGCUCAAAGUCUAUUCUCUUCUCUCGCUCACACUGCCCCUCGGCACUGGCAGCAUGCAGCAGCAGACCUGCUUCCUCUCACUCUCUCUCUCUCUCUCUCUCUCUCUCUCUCUCUCUCUCUCUCUCUCUCUCUCUCUCUCUCUCUCUCUCUCUCUGCACGGCACUCCUUUGUGCAUCACCUUCCUCUCACCUUCUUCUCACUUCCUCUCCUGGUGCAGUUAUUGCUACGAGUUCAUAGUGGACGGGCACUGGCGCCAUGCAGCAGACCUGCUUCCUCCACUCCCUCUCUUGAUUUGCGCUUCUUUCAUGUGCCCGCACUCUUUUUCGCACUCUCUGCCCGACUCUCAUACCUCCCUCCCCCCCUCUUGUAGCUACCGCUACAAGUUCAUAGUGGACGGGCACUGGCGCCAUGCAGCGGACCUGCCCACGGAGGUGGACGAGUGGGGCAACACCAACAACGUGCUGCACGUGGGGUCGCUGGCUCGCCACAACAAUGUAAGAGAUCUGCCCACGGAGGUGGACGACUGGGCCAACACCAACAACAUGCUGCACGUGGGGUCGCUGGCUCGACACAACAAUGUAAGAGAUCUGCCCACGGAGGUGGACGAGUGGGGCAACACCAACAACGUGCUGCACGUGGGGUCCCUGGCUUGCCACACCAAUGAUGCGGUGAGGGAGAGGGUGAUAGAGCGCCCUCUCACGGACCUCGAGAGGCGAAUGGUCACCUUCGCUUCGCAGCGCGUUGCUUUUUCCGUCUCACCCAUCACCUUCACGCCCAAGCUCAGACCAGCUCGCUCUUGA